CAUAGUAGAGAUGACAUGGAUACUCGUCCUUUUUUAUUGAUAUUUUUAAACCUUAUCUUGUUAGAUGGAGUACAAAUUGAACCACAUUGACAAAAACGGCAGAAUGAGUCAUAUUUCACAGAGUCGCAUGGUCCUAGUUUCAACCUUUCUGAUCUGUUCACUGAUAAUAGCCCUUGGUGUUGUACUGGGACUUAAGAUAUAUAAAGAUGACAAUCAAAAUAAGAACCCUAUAUGUGGUGAGGCAGGAUCUGAAGGUAGUGAAUCUGUGACAACAACACCGACGCCGACGAUCAGACCUCCUUCAACUACCGGAACACCUCAGUUUGUAUCCGACUCUAUAGAAGGACAUUAUAGAUACGCUGCUGUGGCAUCAGAUGCAGGCCCUCCCUGUGCAUCAAUCGGAACAGACAUGAUGGCGAGACGUGGUGCCUCUGUUGUAGAUGCGUCUAUUGCCACCCUUCUCUGUCAAUGUAUUCACAAUUUUCAUAGCUGUGGUAUUGGAGGUGGUUUCUUUAUGACAGUUUACGAAAGGUCUAAAAAAGCGGCAUAUACUAUUUUAGCGCGUGAGAUGGCUCCCGGCGAAGCUAAUGAAACAAUGUAUGUUGGUAGAUCAUCCACAGAAGGUGGGUUAGCCGUAGGUAUACCUGGAGAAAUUCGUGGUCUUUGGGAAGCUCAUCAGAUCGGCGGUAAACUUCCAUGGAAAGACUUGCUGCAGCCGACAAUCAAACUUUUGAAAGAAGGAUAUACUGUAGGCAUACCAGUUGCAAUAGCUAUGGCAGGCCAAACUGAAGUUAUAAAAAGACAACAGGGAUUAAAAGAUUUAAUUACUAAUCCACAAACCGGAAGUUUUUAUGAAGCUGGGGACAUUAUCAAAAUGCCAAAAUUAGCCAGAACACUGGAAAUCAUAGCAGAUGAAGGUGUUGAUGCUUUUUAUAAUGGGACCUUAACAAAAGACAUUGUGGCGGAUAUUCGCGAUGCUGGUGGAAUAAUUACCGAUGAAGAUCUUUCAGGAUACACAGCACUAAAGAAAGAUCCUUUAGUGAUAAAACUGAACCAAAACGAAACUAUUUACUCAUCAGUACUACCCUCUAGUGGUGUAGUGUACCAGUUUAUAUUAAAUAUAUUAGACGGAUAUAAACUAAGUAAAGACAGUCUGUCCUCGAAAGAAAAAGAAAUAUUAACAUGGCACAGAAUUAUUGAAGCAUUCAAGUUUGCCUAUGCUAAACGAACGAGCCUUGGUGAUGGAGACGCCGAAGAUGAUGCUUUUAGACAAGAAUUGAAUGAACUUGUGCACAAUAUGACGUCAGAGACCUAUGCUGAAAAUAUACGUUCACAGAUCUCUGAUAGUCAGACGUUUGGAACAAAUUAUUAUGGUCCGACAUUUUACGACGACGUAACAACAGGGACGGCACAUCUGUCAGUAUUGGCACCAAACGGAGAUGCGGUAUCUGUGACAAGCACAAUCAAUCUUUAUUUUGGGUCUAAAGUAGUUGGAAGUCGUACCGGUAUUAUAUUCAACAAUGAAAUGGAUGAUUUUUCUACACCUAAUACAGUUAAUUCUUUUGGCAUACCUGCGUCUCCAGCAAAUUUUAUAAAGCCUGGUAAACGUCCGCUGUCCUCAAUGUGUCCAAGUAUAGUUGUUAAUUCUGAUGGAAUGGUUAAUAUAGUAGUUGGAGCUUCAGGUGGUUCAAAGAUUACAACAUCUACUGCUUUGGUGACAGCUUUAACACAAUGGCUAGGCAUGGAUAUUAAAGAAGCUAUUGAUCACAGAAGAUUACACCAUCAGUUACUUCCAGCACAAAUAGACGUAGAAAAAGGAUUUCCGCAAUACAUUUUGGAUGGAUUGAUUAGACUAGGGCAUAAUAUCACAUUGAAAGACAGUGCCGGAUGUGUUGUUCAAGGCAUUCUUCAACAACAAGAAGGUGAAGUAACAGCUAACUCUGACUUCAGGAAACAUGGCCACCCUGAUGGAUAUUAAAUACGACUAAUAACCCAGGAUGGAGACUAUUUAAUAAAUAACAGGUUUCUCCCUCAUCCAGAAUCAUAGCUGUAAUAUUUUAUAUUAAUCAAACCCGAUGGGUAUAAGUUAUGUCAUAAUUAUGCCUUGCAUUUCUGAGGGUAGCAUCUUCACUACUUGAUUUGAUUUAACUUCGGCGUAGCGCUUUAUAAUAUCUCCACAUUUUUUUCCGAUGUUCCGUUACCUAUAUGUAAUCCUGAAUCAGAUAAAGGGAUACUAAAGGUAGUUUUAAAAAGCAAUAAUGUAAUUUGAGUUGGAGCUAUUUCCCAUUAGCUGCCAUGUUGCAGGUAUUAGUUGAUAUCUUAUUUGACUUCCCAAAUUAAGUAACAUGUUAACAGCAAGUAUGAGAAGAGAUCCUUACUAAUGUUUUUGUUCUAAAAUCUAGAGGUCAGUAUAACAAGCUGAAUUAGGUUCAUUAAUGAAGGGAUUUGUGCUCGAAGACCUUUUACCGGGCGGCAAAUGGAAAUAACUCUCAGGGAAUCAUCAGCCUAGUAGUAGCCUUGUAGCAAGUACUUCAGUACUGGGUUAAAAAAACUGCAAUAGUUCUAUUGAAAUUUACUGUUACAACAGUUUUGAAACUAUUUCAAAUUUAGGAAUACACCUCCCUCGUGCAAAGAUCUGAUUCGUUGUCCCGAUUUGGCUACUAGCAUACUUUUUGUGUCGCUUGGUUUUGUGGCCUCGAGAAUAACUGAAGAGACAAUUGUGUUAAAAAACACAUCUGGUGCAGUAAAAAUGGUACUGUUAUAAAUAUUAUUACUCAAUUUACGUGCACCGAUUACUAUCUAUUUUCUUUCAAAAACUAUAAUUUUCAUUUAAAUUUCUGAAGACCAGUUUGGUUUUUGAUACAGGACUUUUGUUAGUCAAAUUGAUAACUUCUUUUUUUAUGUUUAUUCAUGAAAUAUAAUGGAUGACAGUAUUAAAAGGAUUUUUAUAUUAUUAACAUAUUUUGAAUGUAUUAAAGUCAUAAACUGUCAUACUGGUUAUAAUAGAUUACACUAAAUAUACAUAAUAUAGUUUUGUUUAUAAAUUUAUACAUUUACAAAUAUAAAAUAAAAAUUGCCAAAAUAAAGUUCUACUUAAUGA